AUGAGACAAUCCCACCAGCUGCCCCUAGUGGGGCUCCUAUUGUUUUCUCUUAUUCCAAGUCAACUAUGUGAGAAGUGUGAGAUAAGCAAAAACGACUAUGCUGAUCUAGACCCUCUGAUAAACACGAUGAUCAAUUCAAAAUAUACCAAAGGAAUCCAAGCCACCAAUGUCCUGUUGUCCCUCAGACUUGCUGGGAUCCUGAACCAAAGCCAAGAACAACAGCUGAUUCAACAAGUCAAACGCAAUGUGGAUUGCAAAUCCUCAAAUUUAACCUCAGGACAGCUUGCCUUGGCUAUACUGGCUUUGGGAGCAUGCAAAAACCCUGAUGCAAUUCCUCCAAAUUUUCCUUGCCUGGUCAGAGAACUAAGAAAUAAAUUCCAAGCAGAAAUUAAAAAUAUGGAAGAACACAAUGGUAAUCCACUGACUAACUACUAUCAGCUCAGCCUGGACGUUUUGGCCUUAUGUCUGUUCAGAGGGGAAUAUUCAAUCAAAGAAGUUGCUGAAAUCUUCGAUCCUAAAAAUAAAAAUUUCUAUCUUAUGAACAGGUUCUCAGUAGAUACUGGUGCAAUGGCAGUCCUGGCUCUGACCUGUGUGAAGAAUACAACAAAUGGACAGGAAAAAACAGAUACAGAUGAUUUAAAUACUAUCAGUAAUCAUAUAAAGUUACUGAUAGAGAUGAUUCUUUCUCAGAAAAAAGAAAAUGGUCUCCUCGGAAACAUAUAUAGUACAGGAGAAGCUAUGCAGGCUCUCUUUGUCUCAUCAGACUAUUACAGUAAAAGUAAAUGGAAUUGCCAACAAACUCUGAGGACAGCAGUCAUGGAAAUUCAUAAAGGAGCAUUCCGUAUGCCAACUGCUGCAGCUCAAAUCUUACCCGCCCUGUUGGGAAAGACCUACUUGAAUGUUAGCAAAGACUCUCCUUGUGUCUAUGGUGACUUCCACAUCUCCACUGUGGAGCCUACAACAGCGACACCCCCUCUCACACCCUCACAAAUCCAAGUGAAUUACUCUGUGGUGAUAAACAAUGACACGUAUUCCACCGUGGUCUCUGUGGCAAAUGGUUCUGUCUUCCUAAAUGUGAUGGAGGCAGCUCAGAAAAAAAACGAGACUCUAUUUCGUUUCACAGUGGAGGAGAGUUCAUGGGGCCCCUACGUCACCUCUGUUCAGGGCUUAGAAGCUAACAAUAACAAGAGAACCUUCUGGGAGCUCCUGAGUAACGGCAUACCACUGGAGCAAGGAGUUGGUAGUUACGUUGUACACAAGGGAGAGAAUUUGGAGGUUCGUUGGAGCACAUACUAAUAAAUUCAAACCUUCCUCAGCUGGAUCUCAUCCUUUUGCAGUGGAAUUUCAGGUGGAAAGUGGCUUCAUGCCUUCCUUCUCCUUCAUCUCAAAUUCAAUAGGAGAGUCAAUAACCAACCCCCCUUCUCUCUUUCAGUGUUCAAUAAAAGGUUA